AUGAAGUUCUCCUCGAGCCUCGUCUGCCUCCUGGCACCCAUCACCGUCCUCGCCGCUCCCCUCGAGGAGAGGCAGGCCUCGCAGUCCAUCGACAAGCUGAUCAAGGCCAAGGGCAAGCACUACUUUGGCACCUGCACCGACCAGAACCGCCUGACUGCCGGCAAGAACGCCGACAUCAUCAAGGCCAAUUUUGGUCAGGUCACGCCGGAGAACUCGAUGAAGUGGGACCAGAUCGAGCCCAACCGCGGCCAGUUCAACUGGGCGACGCCCGACUACCUCGUCAACUUUGCGCAACAGAACGGCAAGCUUGUCCGCGGGCAUACUCUUGUCUGGCACUCCCAGCUUGCGGGCUGGGUGAAUAACGUUCGUGACAAGGCUGGAUUGACGACCGUCAUUGAGGACCAUAUCAAGGCAGUUGUUGGCCGGUACAAGGGCAAGAUCUACCACUGGGACGUUGUCAAUGAGAUCUUCAACGAGGACGGCUCCCUCCGUUCCUCCGUCUUCUCGCAGGUCCUCGGCGAGGACUUUGUCGGCAUCGCUUUCCGCGCCGCCAGGGCCGCGGACCCCAACGCCAAGCUGUACAUCAACGACUACAACCUCGACCAAGCCAGCUACGCCAAGACGCAGGCGAUGGCUCGCAAGGUCAAGGAGUGGAUCGGCAAGGGCAUCCCCAUUGAUGGUAUCGGCUCCCAAGCCCAUCUCCAAGCUAACCAAGGCGGCAACGCCCUCGGCGCUCUGCAGACCCUCGCCGGCAGUGGCGUCAAGGAGGUCGCCAUUACGGAGCUGGACAUUGUCGGCGCCAGCGCGGCUGACUACACUGCUUGCGUUGGUAUCACGGUCUGGGGCGUGCGGGACCCCGAUAGCUGGAGAGCGCAGAACAACCCGCUCUUGUUUGAUGCCAACUAUAACCCCAAGGCGGCUUAUAACGCGGUCGUUACUGCUUUGCAGUAG